CUGGUGGUUCGCAUCCCCCCCCACCGGCCGCCCAGCCUGGGCACCUCCCCCUUCCUUCUCGUGCGUACCCCUGGCUCCCCACCGAGAGCCAGAUGUCUCCUCUUCAUCUUCCCCGAUCGUCCCACCACCCGGGCCCCACCGGGAAGGUGUCGGGGUCGGGGUUCCCACGGCGUCACGUGGGGAGGGGCGGAGAGAGGGCCACAGGUGGGCGGAGGGCGCGCACGCGCAGAUGUAGCAUCACCCCACCACUCCUCCCCCUCUCCCCCCAAUUCCGCUGGGGUUGGAGAAGCAGAGAGAGACCUCCAGGCACCGGGUCAGGAGCCUCUUUGCAGGAUGAGAUAGAAAAAGUUUGAGAGGCGGAGGACGGGGUAUCUGGAGAGAGCUCUUCCCGCGUACCGAUACCCCAACCUUCCCAUCCUUUUUUGGGACCGGAGAAUGUGAAGGGCUGAAGGACAGCAGGGAGGGCGCUUGCCUUACACGUGGGCCUAUACGGGUUCUAGCCUCCACAUGCGAGAUGGUCCCCUGAGCCCCGCCAGGAGUUAUCCCUGAGUUCAGAGCCAGGAGUAAGUUCUGAGCAUAGCCGGCUGUGACCCUAAAUCAAAAGUAAAAAAAAAAAAAGUGGCUGAAGCACCGCCAUAUUGUUAUCAUCAUCAUCAUCAUCAUCAUCAUCAUCAUCAUCAUCAUCAUCAUCAUUAUAUUGUUUGCCACUGCAGCAGUGUAUGUACCCAGGUACCCAGGUUCUGACUGUACAUACCCGGGCACCUGGGCUUUGGUCGUGCCUACUGGUUUGUAUGCAGGUGUGUGUUUUCAGGUUCAGCAAAGUUUAUUGGGAUCAAAGGUUUGUGUGUGUGUGUGCGCGUGCGUGCAUACGUGCGUAUGUGUAGUUGUAUGUGUGGAUUCAAGCGCGUCCAGGUUUGUGCUGGAUGCACCUGUGUCAAAUUCCGGUGUGCGUGCUGGGGUUCAGGUGGUGUGUUUUGGGGUACAGAUGUAUGUUCUGGGAUCUGGUUGUGUGUGGAGACCAUUGUUGUAUUGUUGGAUUCCAGUUGUGUCUUUGGGUUCAGGAGUGUGUCUGUGGGGUUUCAGCUGUAUGUGUGGGUUCAGAUAUGUAUGGGGUGUAGAUAUAUGUGGGUUCAGGUCUGUGGAUUCAGGUUUUUGGGUUAGGUGCAUAUGGGGGUUUAGGUAUGUGUGAGUUCAGGUGUAUGGGGUCCAGGGGUGUGUGGGAUUCAGGUUUGUGGAGGUUCAGAUAUAUGUGUGGGUUCAGGUGUGUGUGUGGGUGUGGGAUCCAGUUCACAUUUAGGGCAGGAAACAGUCGUGCCCUUCUAUUCCUGUCAUGUGGACUGGGAGGUCCUGGGCAUGGAUGGCCACUUGGAUUCUUUGGUGUCCUUUGCAGACAGGGUUCCUGACGGUCACUUAUCCUCCACUGUGACUUAGUGGAAACAGGGUCUUGGCAUGUAAUCAGGUUACGAUGCGGUCAUGCUGCUACGAGUGGCGCUAACAGGCACACAGGGAGAUGGUGAGGCAGGAGCUCAGAAAUGGCAGAAAGAACUCUUCGGUGCAGGGAUGUGGCUUAGGGGCAGGGCAUGUGCUUUGCCCAUAUGUGUCUUUUGGCACCAAUAUGCAGUUUCAGAGAAACUACAAAUUUCCUUGUGCAGGAAUAUUUUUAAAUUAGGUAUUAAUUACCUACCAUAAAAUGUACCCAUUUGAAAAAUACAAUCUAGCACUUAAUAGUGCAUUAACAAGAGCGAGAGAGAUAGUACAGCAGGCAGGGCACUUGCCUUGCACACGGCCAACCCAGGUUCAAUCUCAGGCACCCCGUAGGGUCCCCCGAGCUCCUCCAGGAGUGAUUCUUGAGCAUAGAGCCAGGAGUAAGCCCUGAGCACUAGGUAAAGCGAAACUGAAGAAUAAAAAAGAAAAUAAUAAGAGUACAUUAACAGGGGCCAGAGCGAUAGCACAGCGGGUAGGGCGUUUGCCUUGCACGCGGCUGACCCGGGUUCGGUCCCCGGAAUCCCAUAUGGUCCCCCAAGCACCGCCAGGAGUAGUUCCUGAGUGCAAAGCCAGGAGUAACCCCUGAGCAUCGCUGGGUGUGACCCCCCCCAAAAAAAAGAGUACAUUAACAGGGGCUGGAGCAAUAGCACAGCGGGUAGGAUGUUUGCCUUGCACGCGGCCGACCCGGGUUCGAUUCCCAGCAUCCCAUAUGGUCCCCUGAGCACCGCCAGGAGUAAUUCCUGAGUACAGAGACAGGAGUAACCCCUGUGCAUCGCCAGGUGUGACCCCCCCCAAAAAAAAGCAAAAAACAAAAAGAGAGUACACUAAGAGUUUUGUAUCCAAAAAUCUUUCAUCUUCAAAGGAAACCUGUCAUCAGAGCAGUCACCCCAAACUUCCGCCCCAACCCCUGGCACUGCAAUCUGAAAUCUCAUCUCACUUUCCUUUUUUUUUUUUUUUUUUUUCUUUUUGGAUCACACCCGCCCAUGGUUGAGCAUGCUGGAACAGGAACUUGCACUGGAGGCAGACAGAGUGGGCACGCCCAUUAUGGGGACACGCCCACCCUGGGCCCGCCCACCGGAGCCUGGGUGACUCCGCCCCCAGAGGGCGGGCCCAGAACAGACGUAUCCUCCUACUAAUGGGUGUGUUGAUCCAGAAGUCUACUCCCUCCCUCCCACAACGGAUCUGCAGUUCUCUGGGUCUGCGUCCCUGUACAUGGGUUGCAUCGAGGUGCUCCGUUCUAUGCGCUCCCUGGAUUUCAACACCCGCACCCAGGUCACCAGGGAAGCUAUCAACCGGCUUCAUGAGUCCGUGCCUGGUGUGCGGGGCUCCUGGAAGAAGAAGACUCCAGGCCCUGCAGGCCCCACCCCGCUGCCCUCUGCUCCACCUCCAGGCCCCCAACAAGGCCCUGGCCUCCAUUCUGGGCAAGAGCAAUCUGCGUUUCGCCGGCAUGAGCAUCGCCGUCAGCAUCUCCGUGGACGGACUUAACCUUUCCGUGCCUGCCACCCGCCAGAUUAUCGCCAACCAUCAUAUGCAGUCUAUUUCCUUUGCGUCGGGCGGCGACACGGACAUGACAGAUUACGUGGCCUAUGUCGCUAAGGACCCCAUCAACCAGAGAGCCUGUCACAUCCUGGAGUGCUGUGAUGGCCUGGCACAGAGUGUCAUCAGCACGGUGGGCCAGGCCUUCGAGCUGCGUUUCAAACAGUACCUGCACAGCCCCCCAACUGUGGUCGUGCCCCCCGAGAGGCUGACGGGCCCCGAGGAGUCGGCCUGGGGGGACGAGGAGGAGAGCGAGCAUAACUACUACAACAGCAUCCCGGGGAAGGAGCCGCCCCCGGGUGGGCUGGUGGACUCCAGGCUCACCCUCACGCAGCCCAGCGUCCUCGGGGCCCUCGGCCAGGGAACCUCCCCAGCUCGAAGAGACGCCCGAGGCCUGCAAUGGGAUCUGGGCCCCUCAGCCCCGCCAGGGGAUGGCUAUGUGCAGGCGGACGCCCGAGGCCCCCAAGACUAUGAGGAUCACCUCUAUGUCAACACACAGGGCCUGGAUGCCCUGGAGCUUCUGCGCCCCGAGGACAGUCCCCAGAAGGACCUGUUUGACAUGCGACCUUUUGAGGACGCCCUGAAGCUGCACGAGUGCUCCUUGGUGGCGGUCACGGCAGCCCCUGCAGCCACGGUCCCCGUGGAGGACCAGUGGCCCAGCCCUCCGACCCGCCGGGCCCCCAUCGCCCCCACGGAGGAACAGCUGCGGCAGGAACCCUGGUACCACGGCCAGAUGAGCCGUCGGGCUGCAGAGAAACUGCUACGCGCCGAUGGGGACUUCCUUGUGCGUGACAGCGUCACGAACCCAGGGCAGUACGUGCUCACUGGCAUGCACGCUGGGCAGCCCAAGCACCUGCUGCUUGUGGACCCGGAAGGCGUGGUGCGGACGAAGGACGUGCUGUUCGAGAGCAUCAGCCACCUGAUCGACUACCACGUGCAGAACGGGCAGCCCAUCGUGGCCGCCGAGAGUGAGCUGCACCUGCGCGGCGUGGUCAAGCGGGAGCCCUGAGCCGGGGGAUGAUCCUGAGUCCCAAUCCCGUCGCUGCUCCUUGGUUGUGGCCUCUGGACCCUGGUCAGAACCGCCUCGGUCUCGCCAUCCUCUGCGUGGGUUUCCAGAAUUUUCUUUUUUUUCUGCUGGGCUGGGUUGGCCUGGCCCCAGGGAACCCCAGCACCUCCCCACACACACACACCUGCCCCUUAGCUGGAGUGGGGGGUGCCUAUACCAAAGACAGAACCUCUUCUCGCCUUUAAAGAACAUAUAUCAGAAGCAGCCUUGGUUCUGGGGGCCCUGGGUGGAGCUCCCCCGAGGAGCCCUAGACCCCCUUUUCCUGUCCGGACACAUGGAAGUGGCUCCUUCUGGGGGGAGCCCCACCCGUUUCCUGGCUUGGCGGUGGAUUCUGAUCUCGGCUGCACUGUUUUACCUCCUGAAAAAUCGGUGCCCAACUGUCUUUGUGGUGGAGGGGACUCUUUGGGUGCUGUGGCCUCAGCUGGGGCCCAGGGUGACAUUGAAACAGGGGGGCAACCUUAAGGUUCAUCUGGAAUGAGAGGAACAUCUCGGCUCCUCGGAGACUAAUGGGGUUGGGGGUGGCAGGGAUCUCCGCCCCCCAUGCCAGCUGUCAACCUGGACUGGGACACCUGGAAUCUUGGCAUUAAACAUGGGGUGACCACAAGGA